GGCAAAGUGGCAGUCAGCUCCUCCAGCCCCGUCGUCGCAGCUUCGUUACCAUCCCCAUCCCGGGCCAGACACGUGCCCGUCAGCGAGGGGGAGAUCUUCAAGCUUCCCGGCAGGCUGAGAAUCCAGCCCUCGCUGUGGAGCAAGGACGACGUGAUCCACUGGCUCAGAUGGGCUGAGGAGGAGUAUUCCCUGCGGCAGACGGACAGAAGCAAGUUUGAAAUGAACGGCAAAGCCCUGUGCAUCCUCACCAAGGAGGACUUCAGACACCGAGCCCCCAGCUCAGGGGAUGUGUUAUAUGAAAUUCUCCGGUACAUUAAGACUCAGAGAAGAGCUCUGGUGUGCAGCCCUUUGCUCAGCUCGCCCUUCAGCGAAGCCAGGAGCCCAGGGGAAGACUGCAGGUUGCUGUGGGAUUACGUGUACCAGCUCCUCUCCGACAGCCGCUACGAGCCUUACAUCAGGUGGGAAGACAAGGAAGCCAAGAUCUUCCGAGUCGUUGACCCAAACGGACUCGCCCAGCUCUGGGGGAACCACAAGAACCGGAUGAACAUGACGUACGAGAAGAUGUCCCGAGCGCUCAGGCAUUACUACAAACUCAACAUCAUCAAAAAGGAGCCGGGGCAGAAGCUGCUGUUCAGGUUUUUGAAGACUCCUGGGGAGAUCAUCCAUGAGAAAUCCAGCAAACUGGAGCAGCUGGAGAACGAGGACCACGAGGAUUUCAAAGAAGACUCGCUGGAGGUUUCACCGUAG